CCCACAGGUGUUGGACAGGAUUUCUUCUCUGGCACCACAGCUGUCAGCUCUGCUGAGCAGGAAAAAUGUCCGACGGUUUCUCUUUAUCUGAUGCCUUGGCCAACAGCAACAACCCGGCCCCCUGUGCCCCCCCAGCCCAGGGCUGGCCCUCCUGGGGGAACCAACCAGCAGCUCCUGGUGCCUUCCCAGGGUAUCCUGGGGCACCUGGAGCCUAUCCUGGAGCACCAGGAGCCUGUCCUGGGGCACCAGGAGCUUAUCCUGGAGCACCAGGAGCUUAUCCUGGAGCACCAGGAGCAUACCCUGCAGUACCAGGAGCAUACCCUGGAGCACCUGGAGCUUAUCCUGGAGCUUAUCCUGGAGGACCAGCAGGACCAGGAGCAUAUCCAGGAGCACCUGGAGCAUUCCCUGGAGCUCCACCAACAACGGGGCCGUUUCCUGCCCCAGGACAACCAUCCAGUGGCCCUGGAUCUGGGCCUUCUGCUCCUCAGGCAGGACCAACUCCUCCUCAGGGAGGACCAACUCCUCCUCAGGGAGGACCAGCUCUUCCUCAGGGAGGACCAACCCCUCCAAUGAAAGUCCCCUUUGAGCUGCCCCUGCAGGCAGGACUCAUCCCUCGGCUGCUCAUCACCAUCACUGGGACUGUGAACCCCAACCCAGACAGGUUUUCACUGGAUUUCAAGAGAGGGAAUGACGUUGCCUUCCACUUCAACCCCCGCUUCAAUGAAGACUUCAGGAAAGUCAUUGUCUGCAAUUCCAUGUUUCAAAAUACCUGGGGGAAGGAGGAGAGGACUUCCAAGUUUCCAUUUGAAGCUGGAAAACCCUUCAAGCUCCAGGUCCUCUGUGAGACAGAUCACUUCAAGGUGGCCGUGAACGACGCACACUUGCUGCAGUACAACUUCCGCGAGAAGAGGCUGAACGAGGUCACCAAGCUCUGCAUCGGGGGGGACAUCGCCCUCACCAGCGUCCUGCCCACCAUGAUAUAACCAGGGGAGCUCUGGGCAAACUCUGAGUCCUGUAGGGUGUGACACAAGUGCCUUCUCACCACGUCACUGUGAGGUAAUAAAACAUUUGACCUGUAAAA